AUGUCCAUGGACGGCAAGACCCCUGAUCUGCUGCCUCUGAGCGCGGCCAAGAAGAAGAUCCGCGAUGGCGUCCCGCUGGUCUGCGCAUGGGCGCUCAUCAACACCUUCAGCACAGCAGUCAGCUACGUAGCCGCCGACUACAUCCCCGUCUCGUGCAGCCAGUCCUCCUUCAUUCUGCCGUGCAUCGAGCUGACGAGCGCGGAGGAAGCCAGGGUAAUCGCCCUCUGCAUCGGGAUUCUGUCCUGCGCCCCAUUGCAGGCGGUCGCAGCGGCGCUGGCGCUGCUGCUCCCAUGCCGUCGUCGCUCGGCCCGCCGAGCCCUCUCCUACCUCGGGCUCGCGGUCACCGUCCUCUUCCAUUGCAUGUACGCCGGUGCCGUCUGGAUCUUCCUCGCCGCCGACCCAGGAUACAUCUUCGGCCGGAUCUACUUCACCGCCAUCUUCUGCUUCAUCGUGGUGUGCGACCUCCUCAGCUUCCGGGCCCUUUUGGGAGGUGAUGGGUGGGGCAUGCAGUACGUGGCCUAUUUCUUCUGA